AUGAGUACUUUUAUUUUAGGAGCAACUGGGUUAGUUGGGUCACAAAUUGUCAAGGCUGCAGAAUCAUCCCCAGCAAUCAAAUCAAUCACCACAUUAACAAGAAGAACCCCUGACUUUGCUAAUUCUUCCCCAAAGUUGAAAAUUUUGGAAGACACUGAUUCUUCAAAGUGGUCAGAAAUAAUCAAAUCUCAACCUGUCACCAGUGAUGUAUAUCUUUCUGCAUUUGGUACCACCCGUGCUAAAGCAGGAUCCGCAGAGAAUUUCAAGAAAAUUGACUAUGGUAUUAACUACCUGUCAGCUAAAGCUGCUAAAGAGAACGGAUCCAAAGUAUGUGUUUUAGUCAGCUCUAUGGGUGCCAGUGCUUCAUCACCAUUUCUUUAUAUGAAAACAAAAGGUGAAUUAGAGGACGAUAUAAUUAAAUUAGGGUUUGACCACACCGUGAUUUUGCGACCAGGAGCAUUACUUGGAGAACGUAAAGAAUCUCAUGGUCUUGGGAACUCUAUUGCUCAGACCAUCGGUAAUUGGACCAAGGGGACAUGGUUCCAAGGAUUAUUGAAGCCAAUUGACGCCAGCGAUCUUGGUAAAGUUGCUGUUGAUUUUGCUCAAAAAGGUAUUAAGGGGGAAUUAAAAGAUAAAGUUAUCAUUGUUAGUGGUGAUGAUUUGAUUAAAUUGGCCAACAGUUUGAAUUGA